GUCCCACCCCUACUUUCUCCAGGAAGAAAGGAUGUUGGGAGGAAAAGGCUCCAGGGGCUCUAAAUCCACUCCUGCCUUGAGCCUUCCAAAGCCACCUCCCUAAAUCUGGGAAAAUGUAAAGCAAACAGUAGGACCUCUAGCUCAAUCGGAGGACCAAAACGGGUUAGCUUGGAAGUUAACACCUCUAGCUCUAUGUGGGUAAACGAACUGAAGACUCCGCCUUUUUCCGGUACUAAGGAGAAAGAAAGCCUUUCUUCCGCCUCUUUCCACUUUACUUAGUCUUCCCCUUGGCAAGCCUCAGACCCUCCUGCCGACCUUCCUCCUCUCCCCGAGCCCUCCUAGGAAAACCCUGCUAUCGAGAGGGAUGUUCCUAAGACCCGAGAACGGGGGAGAAGGACCGCGACCAAGUUUUUCGGCCAGGAUGUCACUUCCGGACACAAACUCCCUCCCCCGGAAGUGGGGCCUGAUGUAAACACCAGAGCCGGUCACCAAAGCCCGGAAGUCUGGCAAAGAAUUUAAGAGUAGAGGAAGAAAUCACUCGGGGACAGAAGUUCUAAGACUUGGAGGGGAGACCUCAGGACCCUUCCCAUUAUCCUGUUGUGUCCAGGGGAGAAAUCCUGAACCAUGACUCAGCAACCACUUCGAGGGGUCACCAGCCUGCAUUUUAACCAAGACCAAAGCUGCUUUUGCUGUGCCAUGGAGACAGGUGUGCGUAUCUAUAAUGUAGAGCCACUGAUGGAGAAGGGGCAUCUGGACCACGAGCAGGUGGGCAGCAUGGGCCUGGUAGAGAUGCUGCACCGCUCCAACCUACUGGCCCUGGUGGGCGGUGGUAGCAGUCCCAAGUUCUCCGAGAUCUCAGCAGUGCUGAUCUGGGAUGAUGCCCGGGAAGGCAAGGACUCUAAGGACAAACUGGUGCUGGAAUUCACCUUCACCAAACCAGUGCUGGCUGUGCGCAUGCGCCAUGACAAGAUCGUGAUUGUGCUGAGGAACCGCAUCUAUGUGUACUCCUUCCCUGACAAUCCCCGAAAGCUGUUUGAGUUUGACACUCGGGACAACCCCAAGGGGCUCUGUGAUCUCUGUCCCAGCCUAGAGAAGCAACUGCUCGUGUUUCCAGGACACAAGUGUGGAAGUCUGCAACUUGUGGACCUGGCGAGCACAAAGCCUGGCACUUCAUCUGCUCCAUUCACUAUCAAUGCACAUCAGAGUGAUGUGGCCUGUGUGUCUCUGAACCAGCCAGGCACUGUGGUGGCCUCGGCUUCCCAGAAGGGAACCCUCAUUCGCCUUUUUGACACCCAAUCCAAGGAGAAACUAGUAGAGCUGCGCCGAGGCACUGACCCUGCCAUUCUAUACUGCAUUAACUUCAGCCAUGAUUCUUCCUUCCUCUGCGCUUCCAGUGAUAAGGGCACUGUGCAUAUCUUCGCUCUCAAGGAUACCCGCCUCAACCGCCGCUCUGCGCUGGCUCGCGUGGGCAAGGUGGGGCCUAUGAUUGGGCAGUACGUGGACUCUCAGUGGAGCCUGGCGAGCUUCACCGUGCCUGCUGAGUCGGCUUGCAUCUGCGCCUUUGGUCGAAAUACUUCCAAGAACGUCAACUCUGUAAUUGCCAUCUGCGUAGAUGGAACCUUCCACAAAUAUGUCUUCACUCCCGACGGAAACUGCAACAGAGAGGCUUUCGACGUGUACCUUGACAUCUGUGAUGAUGAUGACUUUUAAGGACCCUGACGGCUGUGCUAGGAAUCUUCAGUAACAGAUUACAGGGUUGAGCCUUGGGUAUGGGGAAGUGUUGUGGAAGCCACCAGUUAGCAAGCACUAAAGAGGCUUGUGUCCUCUUUCCACUCAGCAAAGCUAUGUCUAAACCAACAGCUCACUUCCCUCAAGCACUUUUUAAUGAUUGUAUGCUGGAAGAGCUAGGGCACGGAUCCAGGGAGGUAGCAGAUCCCUGGGGCCCCGAUCCUGGAGAACAUAGCCAGGGACCCAGAGGAAGUAUACUAACCCUACCUUGAGAUUUAAAAACGCUUACCAGGAAAGAUGAUUUCUGAUGUGAUGAAUAUGAAUAAAAGGCCCCUAAUGGCA